UCAGACUUUCUCCUUUCCUUCAAGGCUCUCCAUACUGCUAUAUAAUCCAACUCCAACUCCAAGUCCACAAACUCCUCACAAUUCACAACAAAUUUUCAUCAUCUCGAUAUAGACUAGUGAUAAAUUCAGACGUUUUCUUUUUAUUUCUCUAAAACCGCUAAAAGAAAAUGAUGGUAAACAAGGCUAUUUUGGGUUCGAUUCUGUUUUUCAUAUUGGUGGGCUCAGUUCUUGUAGUGGAGGCUCGUCCGCUGAGUUUAACGAAGGCCGAAGAGAAGCAAGCAGCGAAAUUCUUUGAUGGUUUGUCACUUGGUGCGAUCAAGGACUCGGGUCCUGGCUCUGGUGGUGAGGGUCAUAAAUUCGUGGAUCGAAGUGAGCCGGUUGUAUAUGGUAAGCACUCUGGUCCCAGUCCGAGCGGACCGGGUCACUAACUAAGGAACCAGUGGUUCCGAGUUCUGACCGAACUGGUUAAGGUGGCCGCUUCGGUGUAGCUUCAGAAAUUGAUUAUUUCUUUAGUUUCUUU